AUGUCUAGUAAGCUAUCUGAUUUACGUGGCUUCGUCUGCCUUGUGACUGGCGCAAGCAGGGGAAUAGGCCGUGGAAUCGCGGUGGGACUAGGUGAAUGUGGUGCUACAGUGUAUAUCACGGCUCGUACUCUCAGACCCAAAGGUGAAUCUGGAAACAGCGCAGCGCCUGGAAGCCUUGAAGAAACUGCUUCUGAAAUAACUGCUCGAGGCGGUGUGGUGAUUCCUGUUGCCGUGGAUCACUCUGAUGACACUCAGGUUGCGGACCUCUUCGCACGCAUUCGGAGGGAACAAAAAGGCCGUCUAGACAUUUUA